GAUGCCCUUUCCUACCAUAUCACAUAUAAACAAUGAACAAGACCGGAAAUUUCCAGGAAUUCAACAUCUUUUUUCUUUGAGUUACUUCCGUUCUCUCCCUGCAGACUUACCCUGCCACCAGAGUCUACUCUUGUUUCUUCGACUGUUUCUCCACAAAACAACGGCGGUGUUUUUCUUGUUUCUCUCUAUCUUUUUGUUUGUUUAUAUCUGGAGAUUCAUCAUACGAAACCAUCAUAUAUCUCCAUCGCCAUCUACUCCUUCCACCUUAACCACCGCCCAGCCACAAGGAAUGAAAUAUGAUGUCUUCCUUAGUUUCAGAGGAGAAGACACUCGUUUUGAUUUUACCAGCCACCUCUAUGCCGCUUUGAAACGGAAACAAAUCCUCACUUUCAUAGAUUAUCAGCUUGUGAGAGGAGAUGAGAUCUCGGCAUCACUUCUGAGAACAAUUGAAGAGGCCAAGCUUUCUGUGAUUGUUCUUUCUGAAAACUAUGCAUCUUCCAAGUGGUGCUUGGAGGAGCUUGCAAAGAUUUUUGAGCGUAGAAAAAAUAAUGGACAGAUAGUUAUUCCGGUAUUCUACAAGGUGGAUCCAUCCCAUGUAAGAAAUCAAGUAGGAAGCUUUGGGGAUGCAUUUGCUACACUUAUAAAGAAGAAAGCUUUGACGAUGGACAAAGAGCAGAGCUUCAGAGACGCUUUGAAGGAUACAGCCACUCUAUCUGGAUGGACCUUAGGGAAUUCUGAGCUGGAGUCUGAAUUUAUUGAGAGAAUCGUUGGAGAUGUUUCGAACAAAUUGCAAGCCAUGUCUUCAAGUCACAUUACGAGUCCAUUUGGAAUUGAUGUUCGUGUUAGCAAAGUUGAGUCUUUGUUAGAUAUGGAGUCUCUAAAUGUUCUCAUUGUAGGGAUAUGGGGAAUGGGUGGUAUCGGUAAGACAACAAUUGCUGAAGCUGUGUCCAACAAGGUUCGUUCUCGAUUUGAUGGAUUCUUUUUUGCAAACUUCAGGCAAGAAAUAAAAGCACGUCCCAUGGCUGAUUUGCAAAGAAGAUUUCUGUCACAGCUGCUUGGCCAAGAAAUUCUGGAAAUUGGCUCCUUGAGUUUUCGAGAUACUCGUGUGGGGGAUAGACUUUGUCGUAAAAAGGUUUUUAUUGUUCUAGAUGAUGUGGAUGAUUUGGGAGAAUGGGAAGAUUUGCUUAAUGGACGAAACAGUUCAUUUGGUUCGGGCAGUAAAAUUCUCAUAACAAGUAGGGACAAGCAAGUACUCAAUAAUAUAGUUGAUGAGACAUAUGAGGUUAAGGGGUUGAACUAUGAAGACGCUAUUCAACUCUUUAGCUCAAAAGCCUUGAAUAGUUGCAUCCCCACAAUUGAUCAAAGACGCUUGAUAGAACAGAUUGCAAGGCAUGUACAAGGCAAUCCGUUGGCUCUUAAAGUUUUGGGUUCCUCUUUCUAUGGUAAAAGAAUCGAAGAAUGGCACAGUGCAUUGAGUAAACUAGCUCAGGACACUCGAAUCGAAAAGGCGUUGAGAAUUAGUUACGAUGGGUUGGAUUCAGAACAAAAAUCCAUAUUUCUUGACAUAGCACAUUUCUUCAGAGGAUGGCGGCAAGACAAAGCAACAAGAAUAUUAGAUUGCCUUUAUGGUCGGUCUGUGAUUUUCGAUAAAAACUUGCUCAUUAAUAAGUGUCUCAUAAGUACUGCAGCUGAUUGCUUUUAUCGUGACAACAUAGAAAUGCAUGAUUUACUACAAGAAAUGGCAUUUAACAUUGUUCGUGCAGAAUCUGAGUUUCCUGGCGAGCGUAGCAGGUUAUGUCAUCCUCCUGACGUCGUUCAUGUAUUGGAGGAAAAUAAGGGAACUCAAAAAAUUAAAGGCAUAUCUUUGGACACGUCCAUGUUAGCGAGACAUAUACACUUGAAAUCUGAUGCCUUCGCAAUGAUGGAUGGUCUUAGAUUUCUCAAUUUGUAUCGCGGUGGUUCCUCCCAAGAAUAUAAAAUGCAGCUUCCUCCUACUGAGCUGAGAUAUUUGCGAUGGGAUGGAUUCCCUUCGAAAUCCUUGCCCCCAUCUUUUCGUGCUGAACACCUUGUCGAGCUUGACCUAUGCGGAAGCAAGCUUGUAACACUUUGGACCGGAGUAAAGGAUGUUGGUAAUUUAAGAAAAAUUAACCUAUCUGGCUCUCCAUAUUUAACGGGAUUGCCAGAUCUAUCAAUGGCCAAAAAUUUAGAGUGCUGUAAUCUUACGUCCUGUUUGUUUUCGCUCGCGUUUCAAAAUUAAUUUUAAAAAUAUUUAAUUUUUAAAAAAAAAAAUUAAUAUUUUUUUUAACUUUUCAAAUCAUUUUAAUGUAUUUAGACUAAAGGACUGUCCAAGUUUAAGCGAGGUUCCGUCAUCUCUUCAAUAUCUUGACAAGCUGGAAGAACUUGCUAUAAGUCGGUGCCUAAAUGUGACCACGUGUCCAACGAUUUCACAAAAUAUGACACGCUUACAUUUGGAGCAAACUUCCAACAAAGAAGUUCCACAAUCAGUUAAUCGCAAGUUGAAACGUCUUUAUCCAAGUGGAACCUCUAUCAAAGAGGUGCUCUCAUCAAUCCAGUUUCUCACAAGACUCAGCUAUUUAGAUAUGAGUGGUUGCUCAAAACUUGAGAGCUUCCUAGAAAUCACAGUGCCUAUAAAAUAUUUGCUGUUUCUUAACUUGAGUAAAACAUGCAUUAAAAAGAUACCUUCGAUAUCUUUGAUGACUCUAAAUUUAGAGCCCUCAUCAAGCAUAUUUUUUUUAGUGUUUUCAAAAAUAAUAUAGUUAUUUCUGUUAUGAAAAUGUUAAAAAGACCAAAAUACUAAUGGAUAUUAGUUUUAAGAAUAUUUAAAUUAUUUUUUGUAUUUUUAAAAUGCUUAAAAAUUAUCUUGUCUCUGAUAAUUACAACAAUGAUAAAUGAUAAAUGAAUCUCAUGAAAAAUUCUUGGAUUUGAUGCCCCCAUUAUUAUAAAUUAUACAUAUGCCUAAGGCAGGGUCUUAAUUAAACACGUAAAGCCUAAGCUACUGAUUCAAAAUCAGCCUCCUCUUUUUUCCUCGAGUUACUUCCGUUCUCUCCCUACAGACCUACCUUGCCACCAGAGUCUUGAUAGAAUUGCAACCCCACAAUUGAUCAUAGAGACUUGAUAGAGCAGAUUGUAAGUCAUGUACAAGGCAAUCCGUUGGCUCUUAUAGUUUUGGGUUCCUCUCUCUAUGGUAAAAGCACUGAAGAAUGGUGCAGUGCAUUAAAUAAACUAGCUCAGAACCCUCGAAUUGAAAACCCGUAAAGAAUAACAAUUCAUAUUUCUUGAUAUAGCACAUUUCUUCAGAAGAUUUGAGCAAAACCAAGCUACAAGAAUAUUAGAUGGCUUUUAUUGUCAGGUUGUGAUUUUCGAUAGAAACACACUCGUUGAUGAGUGUCUCGUAACUACUCAUAAUAUGCUAGAAAUGGCAUUUAGCAUUGUUCAUGUAAAAUCUAAGUUUCCUGGAAAAUUGAUGCGGAACGAUAAAUAUAGACUUGGUUUCAGACCUGGUUUCAUUAUGAUUUACCAAAUUGUGCCAAUUACACCAUAAAUGCAUGAAAGACAAAAGACUUCUGGGGUAGGUUAUACUUGUAGGGUUUUAUGAAAAGAUACAUUGCUUGUAUUGCAGUGUGCUUUAUAUAGAGAUUACAAUGAGAAUUACAAUUAGAAUAGGAAAGAAGAAUUACACACAAAGAAGGAAACCGAAUGUCCUGAGAAUAAGGAAAUAGAUAUCCUAACUAUACGUGGAGUCAUAGCUGAUGGAGAUUUGUAGCUGGUGUGGAUGUAUUUGAUACAUACGGGGAACUUAUUCCUUUACUUUUAUACGCCCCCGCAAGAUGGUGCUUCCAUCAGAGACACCAAUCUUGGACCGAAGAAGAGUAAACUGUUGGCGAGAGAGAGGCUUGGUGAGAGCAUCAGCUAGCUGGUCUGUAGUAGAAACAUGAGAGACACGAAGCAAACCCUUGCUGACAUGAUCACGUACAAAAUGGAAGUCAAUGGCUAUAUGUUUCAUGCGAGAGUGGAAGACAGAAUUGGCACAGAGGUAAGUUGCAUCCACAUUGUCACAGAAAACAGUCGGUGGAGCAGGAGGAGAUGCAUGCAACUCACGUAAGAGCUGCUAAACCCAAGAUAACUCAGCGGCAGUGGCAGCAACAGCCCGAUAUUCGACUUCUGUAGAAGAGCGUGCAACAGAACGCUGCUUGCGAGAGGCCCAAGAGACAACAUUACCUCCCAAAAAUAAAAUAUAUGCAGUAGUGGAUGUGCGGUCAUCAGGAUUGUCUGCCCAAUCAGAAUCAGAGAAAACAAAUAAUGUAGUGGAAGUGCCGCGGGUGAGGGAGAGGCCAUGAUAAAUGGUGCCCUUGAGAUAACGUAACAGAGGCUUAACUGCUUGCCAAUGAAGCUGAGUGGGUUUAUGCAUGAACUGGGAGAGUUUAUUCACUGUAAAAACGAUGUCUGGACAGGUGAGAGAGAGGUACUGGAGAGACCCAACAAUACUGCAAAAC